AUGACGAAUGCGUGUUUGGAUAGAGAGACGACUCCACGUCUUGAAAUCUCUAUUGUCUGCCAAGACUCAGCAAGUCACGUAAGCAAGCAGGAUGUGGGUGUAAACCUUAUUGAUGUCAACGACAACUCUCCAAAGUUUGAUAAACCCUUCUAUGAGUUUUUUAUUGAAGAGAACGAUGGAGAAGCCGAGGUUGAUGAUGCCAUUUCUUUACUAAAUGAUAAACGAGUUGUUCGAGGUCAAGAUGGUGAGAACGGCGUUCAUGCAUGGGACAUUGAUGCUGGAGAGAACUCGAGAAUAUCCUACCGACUAGAGCCAGAUCCUCGUGAUCAAUCUUCUGUAUCAUAUUUCUCCAUAGACCAGAAUAAUGGUGCUAUCUAUGCUGUGGUUCCGCUUGAUCGUGAGGCAAAAACUUGGCACAAAUUUAUUGCAGUUGCCUCAGAUCACGGAGAUCCAACUCAGUCAACAAGUGUGGAGGUGUUGGUGCAUGUCGAGAACUUGAAUGACAAUGUACCACAAUUUAUUAAUCAAUUGGCACCAGAAGCUGGCUACUCUUUCUCUCUUGAUGAAAAUGAAUCGCCAGGACGAUUUGUGGGUCAAAUCACAGCAGUCGAUGCGGAUGAUGAGGAGACAGUGGAUGGAGCUGAGGCAAUCAGUUGGACACAUUCAAGUGUUUUCAGAACCUCAAACAAUCGACAAGGUCAGGUGUCAACAAAUCGACUGAUCUACACGCUGGGAAGUGAACCAGAUGCUGCUGUCUUUAGGAUUGACAAGCACUCAGGAAAUAUCACCACAAGAGAGCGUUUAGACCGUGAGAAGCAAAGUACCUACACAUUCCGAGUGUUUGUAAGUGAUGGCUUUCUGCCCGAGGCUGCAGUGGAAGCCUCUCUAAAUCAGCGUUGGACACCACCCAAAAGUCGAGUACACACAGUGGCCACCUCGGUAGUAAUUAAUCUACGAGAUCAAAAUGACAAUCGUCCCACCUUCCUACAGCCCAAUGCCUCAAGUCAUCUCAUUCUGUUGGAUCCAACUGCCACACCAGGACGAUCUCUAAUGCAAAUAAUCGCCACGGAUCCUGACGAAGGCGAAAAUGGAAAAGUAACCUACUCUAUUGUGGACGGGAAUGGUGGAGGCAUAUUUUUUGUGGCUCCAGUGGAGGGUCUACUCUACCUGAAUGGACAGAUUCCACGACGUACCAUUGAGAAAGCCAUCUACGCCUCGUCUAGUGCUGCUGCUGCUGCUGCUGCAGCUACUGCGGCCUCUGCUAGUGGAAUGAAAAAGGAUGAAAGGGAGGUUGGAUGGCAUUCGGAUGUUAUAGGCACUGGUAUGGUCAAGGAGGAUCCCAAUGAAGUGCCUUCUCAUCCCACUUAUGUGCUUAAGUUGGAGGCUUGUGAUGCUGGAACACCCAAGCAGUGUUCCUACUUUCCCAACCUUCAAAUUCAGGUGAGUCGUUAG